GAGUUCUUCUUCUUUUCUUUGGUCAUCUAAGAGUCAGAAAUCGUGUUCGCUAAGGAUCACGAGCCCAAUCUCUCAUUGACCUUAUAAAAUUUCUCAAUCCCCACUUAAUUUUUCUUAAUUUCUCCAAAAAAACCCACCAAUACUGUGCCGUUUAAGAGCUCUGGUGAAGUUGUGUUGAAGAAUUCAUCCAAGUUUCGAACGAAUUCAACCCCCCCUGAAUCGAAUUCGUGUUGGGGUUUUUUGUUUGUUGUUUAAUCUGAUUAUGGAUAGUGAAGCUUAUACUUAUGGUCUCUCUGAUGCUGCUGCUGCAAGAAGCUCUAAAUCCCAGUCGCAUUUUUAUUUUGACUACGAGGAGGUGGAUGGGGAUGAUGAUUUGAAUUCGGAAUAUCCUUGUCCGUUUUGUCCGGAGGAAUUUGAUUUGGUUGAGCUUUGCUGCCAUAUUGAUGACGAGCAUCCCGUAGAAGCCAACUUUGGGAUAUGCCCUAUUUGUUCUACAAGCGUGGGAGAGAAUAUGGUUGGACAUAUAACGAUGCAGCAUGGAGAUGUAUUUAAUAGUCAACAAAGAUUGAAAUUCCACAAAGACGAUUUUCCUCAAAGUCUUUCUUUUGAGAGAAAAGAGUUACAAGAUGACCAUGUAAGGAUUCUUUCGGGGUUUUCUUCUCUGCACUCAACCUCCAAGAUGGCACCCGAUCCAUUGUUGUCGUUUUUAUGCAAUGCACCUGUCAUCAACGAGUCUAAAACUGUUCAGCCCGAGCCUUCAAGUAAAGAAAAAAUGGAGGAAAAAGUUGUAGAUGAUACAUUGUCUGAAAGGGAUGUUCAGUUAUCUUCCAUACCUGACACGAACCAAGAAGAGAAAACUCGGAGAUGUGACUUCAUACGGGAUUUAGUUUUCUCUGUCAUGUUAGGGGAUGAUUUAUAAUAGAGGGCACAGAGGCAGAAGAGGAAAGUUAUUUCAAAAUUUUAGGAAAUGCUAUUAUGAUUAGUGUUUUUAUUUCAAUGUUUAUAUUACUCUUGUAAGGACAUGUAGGAAUUGAAGGUGUAUCAACGUGGGUUAGUAAAUAUUGGCUAGAAGGUGUAAGCAUUGUCCAAGUUAUUUUCCUGGUUAUGGAAAUUCUUCAAUCAAAGAUUAGUAAAUUGGUAGUCAA